AUGUUUUCCUACACUGCCCAAAUUUUGCUAUCCCGCUGGAUAGUUUUGAACUACCGGAAACUGCGGAACGCUGUCGAAGCCCUACAAGAAGUAGAGAGACUUUUCGGGGAGAAAUUUAUCGAGCAGCACCAGUGCUUUCUUGGGUAUCGAUUUGUUAUCGCUGUUACACUCAUCGUCACAACGGUUGUAUUUUCCUUCGUUGUGAUGGCAUCUCUCUUUCAAAAAUUCUUUACGGCGGAUAUGGACUUGUUGAUAACUGUGGUUUCAUACUUCAUGCUGUCACUGGUCAACGUAAUGAUUGAAUGCACAUUUUUGCUCAUUCACAUGUCUUAUUACGUCAUCAGUCACUACAUACAACUUUUAUUUCUAAACUCGGGCAAGAGCGAUGCUAACGGACUUCCCAUGACUUCCCGAAAAGGGGUUCGAUUCUUGUUGAAUGAGGUAUGCAGGGCGGAGAACCUAAAAGAAUUAAGACAAAACGCUCUAAUCUUUGAUUACCUAUGCCAAGCCUCAUCCGAACUGAACGACCUUUUCUCAGUCCCUGUUCUUUUCAUUUUAACUGUGAAAUUCGUCACCGUCGUCAGCGGUGCCUUCACCUAUAUUUACAGUUUUACUUAUUCAAAUCUCAUACUAGGAAAUGUAUUGUUUGUUUCUCCUUUCCUUUUUGUUUGCGACUGGAUCCGACUAUUGGUCAUUUUCGCUGCCGCUGACAUGCCCGUUAAUCAAGUUCGAAUUCUUCGGGAGCGAUUAUGUGCACGGUCUUAUUCUAGAUUUUCCAAAAUGCUGGCUGAAAAUGUUGCAGAGAUGACAAUCCUGAUGCAAAUGAAUGAAGAUCGCAUCCAAAUGUCGGCUGCAGGAGUGUUUAAAGUUGGAGUGCACCUUAUUCCGGCUUUGGUGGGUGCCGUAGUGACGUACAUGGUCAUACUCCUUCAGAAUUAG